AUGAUGUUGUUCCGUACAGACGAAACUUCAGUAGUUGGAGUGUUGAAUAUUUACAUUCUUCUGUACAAAGAGGUUGCUCUUGCUCUGAAAAUCAACAGUGUGUAUAUUAAGAGAAAGCUUCUUGGCAUCCAUGAGAAUAUCAGAGUUCUUCGUCACCCUGACCAUUUCUCCUGUGAUGUCUAUUCACUUUGGAAGGGACUUGAUCUAUGCUUUGGCCGUUAUGACUCAUUUGAACAUAAAGUGGGUGAUCACCCUCCUCUGAUAUGGCCGGGAAAAGACUAUAAUAACCCGAGGGAAUCGGAACCAAAUUCUUGGGAAGAUACUAUGAAAGAUGAAUUAGAUCGUGAAAAAUAUCCACGCAUGCCAUGGCAUGAUGUUCACUGUGCUCUUUGGGGACCACCUUGCCGUGAUGUUGCUAGGCACUUUGUUCAGCGCUGGAACUAUGCUAAGAGAAAUAAAGCUCCAAAUGAGCAAGCAAUACCACUACUCAUGCCUCACCAUCAUCUGGUUAUUCCACACUACAUGGGAGUAAGCAAGGAGAUGGAGGUUGAAUAUAAGAAUGGUGGAGACUAUUAUAAAGAUCUCAAAAGACAGGAUUCCUUUUCUUCUCGAUCAUCUUUUCAAGAUGUCCCGCUGCCGAUGCCUCAAGAGGCUGAGGGGACAGAUGUGUCCUACGUAGCAACCCUGGUAGUCUCUGCCUGGCUUGAACUUGUACAAGAGGAAUCGGAACCAAAUUCUUGGGAAGAUACUAUGAAAGAUGAAUUAGAUCGUGAAAAAUAUCCACGCAUGCCAUGGCAUGAUGUUCACUGUGCUCUUUGGGGACCACCUUGCCGUGAUGUUGCUAGGCACUUUGUUCAGCGCUGGAACUAUGCUAAGAGAAAUAAAGCUCCAAAUGAGCAAGCAAUACCACUACUCAUGCCUCACCAUCAUAUGGUUAUUCCACACUACAUGGGAGUAAGCGAGGAGAUGGAGGUUGAAUAUAAGAAUGGUGGAGACUAUUAUAAAGAUCUCAAAAGACAGGAUUCCUUUUCUGGUCGAUCAUCUUUUCAAGAUAUCCCGCUGCUGAUGCCUCAAGAGGCUGAAGGGAUGGAUGCGUCCUAUGGAGAACCCAGAUUAAAUGGUAUGGAUAUGCCUCAUGAUUAUUCUCAUCAGCCAAGCAAAGCCAGCAGAAGCCCUUUCUCUUUCCGGAAACCAAAGAUUGAACCUGUUACUGCAGAUGAUCAUGGCACCUCGGAUUUUAUGCGGGGAUUGCCUUCAGAGCCUGGCAUGAAAAGUUCAGGUAAAGAAUGGUGGGAGACACAAGAGCGAGGUGAUCUGGUUGUAUCUGCUGAUGAAACAGGUCAAGUUGGUCCUCAUGUUCCAUGUUACUGUCAGGCGGGCUUCAAAUCUUGA